AUGGAGCUCGAACUUUUCUGGAUCCUCACCGAAGAGCUGCCCGCCCCUUCGGGGGAAGAUGUGCAAGAUGAGAUCGAAAGAACGUGUCUCAAUGCAUUAGUGGCCCGUUGGGAGAAGGCUAAUGGCUCAGCCCUAGCAUGCCUCUUGGCUGCCCUAUCGAACAGGCUCUUCGACGUCUACAUGGGGUUCGAGGAAGCACAGAAGGUGUGGUCGGAGCUGAAUGACAAGUAUGCUAAAAACGACAACGACAAUGAGCCCUUCAUGGUGGCCAGUUACCUGAAUUUUUGUAUAGGAGAUGAUAGAUUAGUCAUGGAACAGAUCCAUGAGCUGCAGCUUAUCUUGCGAGAUUUAGGCCAGUAUGGUGGUGUCCUCCUUGAGAAUUUUCUAGUUAAUGCAAUCCUUGCCAAACUGCCCACUUCUUGGUGUGACUUUGUCACUGAGAAGUCCAAGGCUGGCUAUAGUGGGGUAAAGGCGUCCACUCAAGCUAACCUUGUCGAGCAUAAGAAUCAGCCUAAGAGGAAUGUGAAGAAAGAGAAGUCCAAGCCUAGAUUUUUAGGACCGAAGGCUAAUGCUAUGAAGAAGAAGAAGAAGCCCGAGAUUGUUUGCUACGUCUGCGGCGGGUUGAAUUGCUGUGAUCCCUUUAUGGCAAAUUCACCAGGUGCAGAUGGUCGAUCCAUUCUGAUGGAGAAUGGGGUUUCAACAGCAGUACACGAAGUAGGACAAGUGAGCAUAAAGCUGACUUCUGGCUAG